AUGGUAUACCAGUCUCCAAGAGCAGAGACAUCCCAAUUAUCUUCAAUACUGUCGGAAGACAAUGACCAAGGCUUGAAGCUGCUACAACAAUUACAUCAUAAAUGUCAAAAUGCCACUUCUUCAGUAAUUGGCCCGAAUCUAAUGCAAGAUAACAGCAAUACACAAGAAUUCGAGGAGAAAUUAAUUCCAUCCCCACCAAUGUCCCCGGUAAGUUUGCCAUUAGUGGUCUCAAAAACUCAGCUAAAAGCUGCUAUUCAACCGGGCAAAAAGAACUUUGGCAUAGUAGUAGGGCCAGUUUGGAAAGAAUUUCAAUCCCACAGAACUUACAAUAAGAUAUCAAUGCUUUUUUUAAGGCAAUACAAAUCAUUUUCACAGAAGAAAACCAAUACUUCAUCAUAUAAUUCAUAUUCAUAUUCAUACAAAAGGCAGCAAACAAUUAGAAGACAAACCAGCAUUUUGGGCUCGGCUCCAGAUUCAGACAGCAAUGGAUAUAGAACAAGAGGAAAUUCAAGAAAGACAUACAGCAGAUCAGGCUCUGAUGAUAUCGAGAGUUCUACUUUAUCUGUCAGAAAAGAAUUUACGGAAGCUAAAAUUAGAAAGUCAAGUCCAUCACGUAGUGGGAGAAAGCUAACUGGAAAAGUUUCUGCAUCAUCUAUGCAUUCUCCACUAUCCUCGUUAAAGGCACUAAAAAAUAAUACUCAAUAUAUUCCAAACGUUACAUGGAAAAAGCUCGAGGACUAUUCUCCUCCUCUAUCUUCUCUACCAGACAACGACUAUUGUCUAAGGAUCGAAUGGAAAGGUUCCUCAAUGAAUCUUGAUUCUGAUCCUCUAAGGGACUAUCUGCAUCCAGCAGAAAUAGUUUUAGCACAAAUUCUUCGUCUUCCAUGUGAUUUAUAUCUUGAUUCCAAGAGACGUUUAUUCCUCGAAAAAGUGUAUCGAGCCAAGGAAGGCCUAUCGUUCAGAAGAACUGAUGCCCAAAAAGCCUGCAAAAUCGAUGUUAACAAAGCCUCAAGAUUAUAUGCUGCAUUUGAAAAAAUUGGCUGGUUAGAUGAUUCUUAUUUCGAAGAAUAUAUUUAA